CUUGCUCCAAAAAGAAAAGCCCACAUCAUAGCUCUAUAAAACUAAGUCAAAAGAAUGCUUACAGAAAAGAAAGCACAAUAAUAGUGUCAAUGGAAACAAAAUUUGUGUCCCUCCAUGGCUGCUGCUUUCUAAUGAGCCUCCUGUUUCUUGUUGCUUCAACGCCGAUUAGAGAGGUAUGCAAUGGUUCGAUAGCAGAGUGUAAUGAAGGGUAUGAAGUGCUGAUGGAGUCGGAGAUUUCUCGAAGGUUUCUUGAAGGAAAGAAGUAUAUAUCACCAGGUGCCUUAAAGAGAGACCAACCAGUCUGCAAUGGUGGUGCCGGUGGUGAAGCUUAUAGUAAGAGUGGGUGUCUUCCUCCCUCAUCUAAUUCUUACAACCGUGGUUGCUCCAACUAUUAUCGUUGUAGAGACUGACUUAAAAUUAUAUCUAUGCUAGCUACUCCCUCCUUAUUCUUCUUCUCUCUUUGUACCCUUUCAAGCUUCAAAUAUAAAACUAAAUCGAGUUGUAUUUACUAAGAUGAUCGAAAGCAGUUGAUUUCAAGCUGUAAUUCUGAUGGCAUGUAUCCUUAUCUUUGUAUUAAUUGAAGCAUUUUCCUUA